AGUAGCAGUCGUCGCAAGUGACAGGGGUUUGUUGUCGUUUCUUGUGGGCAGAAAUAAAAAAAACCAUCUGACCCGUUUUGCAGGACGAUUUCCUCAUUCCCGGACAGUGCUUUCGUCAAACUACCUUUCCGAUCCCGCAACUAGAGUGUGCGUGGAACGGAGGUCACAUGAGCAAAUUGAGUCGCGAUGUCCAAGCUACCGAUUACGGAUCCGGCCAUUCGGAUAGUUCCCUCCAAGGAGUUGAAGCAAUUCAUCGGCACCAAGCUGGUGGUACCGCCGUCAGCUCCUCCGACCUUGCGAGACAUCCACUCGGCUUACAAUAAGGCCGGGCAGCGUACCACCACGGGUAAAGUUGCGGAACAAUCGAAACCAACGAUUCCGAAAUCCACAGCAGAGUUCACGCCCACGGAGCGUCGGUUGAUUGAAGAUUGUCUCACAAAACCUGAGUCGAACGAUGAAACAACGGAACCAGUGUGUGUCUUCGACUCUACCGAUGACACCAAGCCUGCUACGACGAAGAAUUGCCUGGAAUUAGCAGAUAUCAGAUGGCUGUUUAACGCGCUGACCGAAAUGCGAAAGACGGACAGCACGGUUCCGUUUCUGCACGUCCUGCUCGCCGGAUGCCCCUUGGUGCUACCCGAGAAUCCGGUUCAAGAGCGUAACCCUGUACUGGAGGCUCGCUGCCAGCUGCUGCGAAAGCAACAGGAAGAGCGUGAUUACAACCGGAUGACCAAGAACGUGGACAGCAUUCGGAAGCAUAUGCCCGAAGAAACGAUCGGCUAUCAAGUAAAACAGAUCAAUCGGCACCUGAUCGCGGUCGCACAGUUCCUGUUUUCCGUGGCAGCCGGUUUUGCAUUCGGAUUCGUUGGUAUUGGGUUAAUUGUGGGGCAGAUGGACUUCGGGGUGCGUCUACUGCUCGGUAUCGUCAUUGCGCUCAUCAUUGCGUUAGCUGAGAUAUACUUCCUAGCGAAGCGAUUGAAUGCCGAGUACGAACUAGCGGUUCCGCCGCCGUUGGCACCGAAAGAGCUUUCCACGAAGGUGGUCCAAUCCAUUCCGAUCGAAGUCCAGUCGAAACGAGGCGGCAAAAAGAAGCAACACAAAGAGUGAUUUAUUAUCGUUUUCGAUCGACUUCAGGUACAUAGUAACCAGUUACUUCAUCAUUGUUUCGUUGUUUAAAAUAAAUAGGCCCAUUUCAUUUGA